AUGUCACCAGGUUCGAGGCUGCUCCUGCUGGGAUUGCUGGUGUCUUCCGCCGCAGCUAACCUUAGCGCUCGAUACGACGAGAACACUGGCCGGCUCCUGAUACUGUCCAACAAAGGUGGUCAUGUAGUGGAAGUGGGAUACAUCAUAGGUCACAGUGACAAGAGUUCCCCCACUCCAUGGCAUGAGAGGCGCAGCAAUGAAGAGUACCUCUACUUCGACAAUUCUUCAGUAUCCCUGCGUCGUCACGACGGAGCGGAUCAUUGCCUCAGCGCUCAGCAGACGAUCAAGUCUUCAACAAAGGCGGUCACAGUUUGUCAGAAGCACCUAGGGGCCCACAUCUAUGGCGGACUCGAGUCAACGUAUCAGACAUGGCCCAUUGAGAGCACUAAGUACGACCACCACCCGUAUGUGCCCAACGCAGGUAACCACCAGGCCGUGGUUGUACGCUACUGGCUUUUCUCCGACGGAAGAUUCGUCCACAUUAAACCAAACGUGCCCCUUUUCAUCGACCAGAAUACGAAUCAGUCCCUAGAUGCAAUUUGUUUCAUUGCCGAGAAUAAGGCUCCUUAUCCAAUUGAUCAAAGUGAGAUUGUUAUGGAGUGGGAUCUGUGUUCUUUCGACGACGUGAAACAAGCGCAUGUGUACGCAAUUGAAAACUAUUUGGGCAAACCGACUUCAAUUCCGGAUGCGGGCAUGGCUACUUACCCCAUUUGGUCAACGUGGGCGAGGUUCAGAGCAUCUGUUAACGACUCGAAGGUGAGGCAGCUCGCCAAAGAGGUAAUUGCCAACAAAUUCUCCAAGAGGCAAAUAGAAAUAGACGACAACUGGGAGACCUGCUAUGGCAGCUUCACUUUCGACACGACCGCAUUCCCCGACAUGCGUGGCCUCACGAAUGAUCUUCACGCACUGGGAUUCCGCGUGACGCUGUGGGUACACCCAUUUGUUAACUCGAACUGCGAACCCGUUUAUUCGGAUGCACUAGCCAAAGGUUACUUUGUGAGCAACACAGAUGGAAGCACUUUCACUGUAUGGUGGAGAGGAUCUGGUGCCAUCGUCGACUUCACUAACCCUGAAGCAGCAGCCUGGUGGUCGAAUCGUCUGUGGGCGCUCCUCAAUGAGACUGGGAUCGACUCGCUCAAGUUCGACGCCGGCGAGACGAACCUGCUGCCGCAGCUGCCCGUACUCGAGCCUGCCGAACUGAACCCCGUCGUCUUCACCGACCAGUACGCGAGUACCGCCUCCCAGUUCGGGCCGCUGGUCGAGAUGCGCGCCAGUGUCCAGAGCCAGCGACUGCCCCACUUCUUCCGCAUGGUCGACCUGGACAGCAACUGGAGCGGCCAGAACGGUCUCCAGGCGAUGAUACCCAAACUUCUACAGAUGAACAUUGUCGGUCAUCCUUUCGUGUUGCCGGACAUGGUGGGUGGGAACGGCUACCACGGCGAGAGUCCAUCCAGUGACCUGUUCAUUCGCUGGCUUCAGACCAACGUCUUCAUGCCAGCGGUGCAGUAUUCCCUCGCGCCAUGGAACUUCGACAACGAGACGCUGGAGAUCUGUCGCAACAUGACAGACCUACACAUUCAGUACGGGCCCCGCAUCGUGGAACUCAUGGAGAAGGCGGUGAAGGAUGGAACGCCGGUUAACCUGCCCAUCUGGUGGCUCGACCCCACCGACGAAACAGCUCUCACUAUAGACUCAGAGUUCCUGCUGGGCGAGGACCUGCUAGUGGCACCGGUGCUCUACCACGACUCGGUUAUGCGCGACAUCUACCUGCCGAAGGGCAGCUGGAGGGACGAGGCCGACCCGGAGCACCCCACCAUAGACGGUCCCACCUGGCUCCGCAAAUACCCUGCUCCUCGCAACACUCUUCCGUACUUCACCAGAGUCAGCUCUUCCUAA